AGCAGACGACGCUGGAUGCUCUCUUUGAAGGGGGAGGCUGAGAACGCUGAGAACUUUCUUCAUGAUUUCGUCGCUUAUUUGCCCUUGUUAUCACUAUGAAAAAACCACAGGAGCCUGCACCUGGUGACGGCAUACGUUCGCUGAAGACCUCUAACGUAUUUCGAGUUGUCAACUUUGAGUUGUAUGCUAAACCGAAUAGAAUUAUUAUGACGAUUGGAUUGUGUGCAAUGGCUGGCAGUUUAGCAUAUAUUGCAUACAUGAGACAUAAAUACGAAGGAAUGGGCUACUAUGUUGCAGUCUCCGAUAAUGGAGAGGAAUCAUUUGUUAAGAAGAAGUCUCGGUGGGAUUGACCUCGGAUGCAUGUUAAGACAUGUUAUUGGCUAAUGGCUGGUAUUUCUAUGUUAUAUAUUAUGAUAGUUAAACUAAUUUACUGUCAAUAAAAAUUGAUGAAUAUA